AUGCCUCUCGACGCGGACGUUUCUUGUAAUGAGGAACCAAAAUCCAACCAGCUGCAAAAACGCCCAGGAAUUCCACUUCCAAGGAAACUCUGUUAUGCAGUUGGAGGGAUUCCUUAUUCAAUGACAGGCAAUGCCAGGGGAUUUUUUAUGCAAAUCUUUCUACUGGAUGUUGUGCAGAUGAGGCCUUUUAAUGUGUCUGUAAUUUUGUUCCUCGGCCGAGCGUGGGAUGCUAUCUCAGACCCUCUGGUAGGCUAUGCAGUGAGCAAGAGUAGCCGCACUCGAUUUGGCAAACUCAUUCCAUGGAUUGUGUUCUCCAUGCCAAUGGGAGUGAUCUCUUACAUCAUGCUGUGGUACACCCCUCAGAACACCAUGUCCCCUUCCUUUAGUUUCUGCUGGUACUUAACCUGGUGCUGUAUGUUUGACACCUUUAUGAGUUGCUACCAUGUGCCUUUUUCCUCGCUGAACAUGUUUUUGGGGGGCAAUGAGAAAGAUCGUGAUUCUGCCACUGGAUACAGAAUGGGUAUGGAGAUGUUUGCGACACUGGCAGGAGCCACCAUUCAGGGCCAGAUUGUUGGGGUGUACCACGCUAAGAGAGCACAUGCCUGCAGAGAGCUAAAUGGGAGUCAAACACUUACUGGAAAUGUAUCUGAUGUUCUUCAUCACAGCUUUAAUACUCCUUUGACUGACACACUUCACAAAACGAGAAGAGCAUAUUUGAUUGCUGCAUUGGUAAUAGGAGCUUUCUACUUCCUGUGCUGUAUUGUGCUGUUUCUUGGAGUGAAGGAGCAAUUGGCUCCACUAAGUAAGCUGGACCGCAUACAGAUGCCAUACAUAUCUGCAUUGAAGAAGAUUGUAAGACACACUCCUUAUGUGCGACUUGUGUUUGGAUUCCUCUUCGCUUCAGUUGCUUUUCAGAUGGCUCAGGGUAACUUUGCGCUCUUCUGUACACAUGCAGCUGGAAUGGGAGCCUACUUCCAGCACCUCGUGCUCAUAUUGCUGAUAUCAGCCACUCUAUCUGUUCCACUCUGGCAGAUGCUAUUGGUCCGACUGGGCAAAAAGACCACUAUCAUCAUUGGCCUCACAAGCUAUAUUCCUGCUCUUAUCGUCAUAUCCACUGUGAAGGAAAGUUUUGUCAUCUUUGCGCUGUUGGCUGUUUUAGCAGGUGCCAGUCUGGCAUCCCUUUAUCUCCUGCCCUGGUCAAUGUUGCCUGAUGUGGUAGAUGACUUUAAGGUAAAUAACCCAACGUGCAUGGACCUGGAGCCCAUGUUCUACUCCUGCUAUGUCUUCUUUAACAAGUUUGGAGGAGGUGUGUCACAUGGAGUCUCUAUUCUUGCACUACACUUUGCAGGGUACCAGCCUGGUGCAUGUACGCAUGACUCCAAAGUGAUCACUACACUGCAUGUGCUGUUUGCCCCAGUGCCCGUCUGCCUGCUGCUGAUGGGUCUGGUAAUUUUCCUCUUCUAUCCUAUAAGUGAAGAGCGGCGACAGCAGACCCAGGUCAUGCUGCAGAAAGCAGUAGAAGAGCAUAAAGAAGAUGCAAGAGAAGAGAUGCAUCUAUGAAGAUUUAAAUGUAC